UGACAAGACUUUUAUUUUGGCAUCGUGCUAUGAUGUCAUAAGGCUGCGCCGCUCUCCUGCAUCUGUUGUCAUUCGGCUGAAGAAAGGACAAAGUGUCCAGUUGCUGCUAAAGAGACUGAGAUCCACGUGACACUAUUGUAAAGAUGGCGUUUAUUAAAGAGGAGAGUGAAGACGUAAAGAUUGAAGAAACAUUCAGAGUCAAACAUGAAGAUACUGAGAAACAAACAAAGAUGGAGUUUAUUAAAGAGGAGAGUGAAGACAUGAAGAUUGAAGAAACAUUCAGAGUCAAACAUGAAGAAACUGAGGAACAAACAGAUCUGGUGGCACUAAAAGAAGAGAGGCAAGAACUUACAAGGAUAGAAGAGAAAGAUCAAUAUGAGAGACAUGAUUUCAUGAAUGUGGAAAUAUCCAUACAGUCUAAAACAACUUCAUCACAAAAAGAAGUUCAGAAGACUGAAUCUAACAGUUACUUCACCUGCCAUCAAUGUAGAAAGAGUUUCAAUCAAAAAUAUAACCUUAAAAACCACAUGAAAGUUCACACUGGAGAAAAGCCUUUCAUAUGCCAACAAUGUGGAAAAAGCUUCUCCCUUAAACAAAACCUAAAACGCCACAUAAAAAGCCACAGUGGAGAGAAGCCUUUUACCUGCAAUCCGUGUGGGAAGACCUUCACAAAUAAAACACAAUUUGAUUCCCACAUGAGAAGUCACUCUGGAGAGAAGCCUUUUACUUGCAAAUUGUGUGGAAAGAGCUUCACACGCAAAGGAUCUCUUAAAAGUCACAUGGUCAUUCACACCGGAGAGAAGCCGUUUCCAUGUGAUCAGUGUGGAAAGUGUUUCAGACAUAAAUCAACCCUUGUUACACACAUGAAAACUCACAGUGGAGAGAGUACUUGCAACUGCAAACUGUGUGGAAAGAGCUUCUCAAAUAAAUCAACCCUUAAUGCCCACUUGAGAAAUCACACAGGAGAGAGGCCCUUCACUUGCACACUGUGUGGGAAGAGCUUCUCACGCAAAGGAUCUCUUAAGAUUCACAUGGUCGUUCACACUGGAGAGAAGCCGUUUUCAUGUGAUCAGUGUGGAAAAUCUUUCAGACAUAAAGCAACCCUUGAUUCACACAUUAAAACUCACACUGGAGAGAGUCCUUACAGCUGCAGAUUGUGUGAGAAGAGCUUCUCAAAUAAAUCAACCCUUAAUGCCCACAUGAGAAAUCACACAGGAGAGAAGCCUUUCACCUGCACAAUGUGUGGGAAGAGCUUCUCAAAAAAAAGUAAUCUUAAUGCCCACAUAAUAACUCACACAGGAGAGAAGCCUUUCAUGUGUGCUCAGUGUGGAAAAUGUUUCACACGUGAAAUAACCCUUACUUACCACAUGAGGAUUCACUCACAAGAGUAUAAUUGUCAUCAGUGUGGACAGAGAUUCCCAGACAAGAGACGCCUUAACUGGCAUGAAAAAACUCAUUCUCGAUCAUCCACAUGCCAUGAAUGUGGAAAGUGUUUCAGAUUUAAAGCAAACCUCAAGGUUCACAUGAGAAUCCACACCGGAGAGAAACCCUUCACCUGCACUCACUGUGGAAAGAGUUUCAGUCAGAACAUAAGCCUUCAGAUUCACACGAGGCUUCACACUGGAGAGAAACCUUUCACCUGCAUUCUGUGUGGGAAGUGCUUCAAAUAUAAAGCACUUUUUAAAGUCCACAUGAGAAGUCACACUGGAGAGAAACCUUUUACCUGCAAACUGUGUGGGAAGAGCUUCUCACGCAAAAAAUCUCUUAAGAUUCACAUGGGCGUUCACACUGGAGAGAAGCCGUUUCCAUGUGAUCAGUGUGGAAAGUGUUUCAGACAUAAAGCAAUCCUUGAUUCACAUAUGAAAAGUCACCUGUAGUAAAACCUGCAAACUGUGGGGAAAUAACUUCUCACAAAAAGGACAUCUUAAGGCUCACAUGAAAACUACAUGUGAAACGACCCUUACUUACCACAUGAGCCUUCACUUGAGAGAGAACUGUUUUAAUUGUCAUCCGUGUGGACAGAGAUUUACAGACAAGAGACGCCUGAACUGGCAUGAAAAUAUUCAUUCUCGAGAGAAAUCUUUCACAUGCACUCUUAAGAUAAAUGGUUCUAAACCGUACCAGAAAAUGGUUCUUCAGCUUGUAACAAUAGCAGAACAAUUUCUUGGUGCUAAAUAGAAUCCUUUUUAUAGGGUUCCAUAAAUAACCAUGCUUUGAAAAUGCUAUAUAGGACCUUAAAGGGGUCAUAUGAUGAGAUUUCAUGUUUUCCCUUGUUUAAAGAUGAAAGUUUUAAACCCAAAGAGAUACUUUGGGGAUUGUUUCCUGAACCUGGGAGAGUAGUCUACAAUGUGCACAAAGGCUGUUUCUAUAAAGUGAGGCAAUUCUAGUGUGACCAUAUGGGCCAUUUUUACGGGACGCGUCCUUGCCAGGAUUUCUAUAUUCCCUAAAAUAUACAGGUUUUGGCUAUUUGCACUGUGCAGAUCGAUCACUGUAUGACAUUCACAAGAGCUAUAGAGAUCAGAGCAGACUGUUCCUUGUGCUUUCAAUUUAAUCUUGCUGUACUUUGGUGUCAUUUCAAUGAUCGGUGCACAGCAACGCUUCAAGUCAAACAAACGAACAAACACGUGCACGUAUUUGCUUUGCUUUGAUCAUUCUCUGUAGAUCUCACCUUCUCACGUGCCAUGAUUGGCCGAUUAUAUACACCUGCAUGUUAUUGGUCAAACUACUUUGGACAUUUUAGGCAAUAUAAAAAUCCUGGCCAGGACGUGUCCUGUAUUAGCAAGGCAAUUCCAAAAAAAUUU